AUGGAACAUCCUGGCAAAGCCAUGCCUGCCAGCCCAAGUUUGAGAGACAGAAGCCCAGACUCCCCCCCCACCACGAUCGUCCGGCGCCUCAGCCUCACCGAGACACCGCCGUCGCGUCCCGCAGCCGGUCCUGGUCUCGUCCAAGUUUCCCCGGCCGGGGGACGGCUCGAGCCAGGUCGGCCCCUCACCCUGCAAGUUCCGCGGCUUCCCCUUCGCUCACCCUCUGACAGCCCACCGCGCAGGUCGGGCCAGGAGUCUCGGGUGGAGGACGCGCAGGUCCCGGGGCCGGUGCGCGGAAGGCGCCGGGACAGGACGCGGAUGCGGGGGAGCCGCGAGGACCGGGUUGCGGCAUCCUCCGCGCGGGCGAACUUCCUCCGAGACGCGGGGAGGCAGGGGGCGCCACUCGGGUCCGCAUUCCGCUGGCCCGGCCCGGGGAGCGGACCCCGGGAUGGGGGCUCCUCGCGCCCUUCUUACCUGGCCGCGCCGCGGCAGCUCCAGCUCAGCGCCCGGCUCGAUGCGGCGCCCGGGCCCAGCUCGGCCAGCAAACUGGCGGCCACGCAGCCUGCGCGCCUUUUGAAUGAAUCGCCGGCCGGCCCGGGAGAUGCGCAGCCCCGCCCCCGCGCGUCACGGCCGCCGGCCCCGCCCCCGACGUCAGAGUCUGGCGGGCGCCCCUCGCCCCCCACCCCGAGAGCCGUGGAGGGGCUCGUGUCUCUCCCGCCGGGUCGCACUGCCCUACGUCGCCAUCUCUCGCGCCCCCUGAGAACUGCAGGGGGCUGCGCGGGACCGGGCGGCGGGACCCAGGGGGCAUCAGCCCCAUCAGGACUCCACACAAGAAAGAAGCGGGGCGCGAUGCAAGAUGAAGAGACGGGAGACUUGGAUGCUCCUCGGGUCCUGCCACCAUUGCCGGUGUAA